AUGAACAAAUAUAGCCUCCGUCCCCGUGUUGAAGGAAGCGGUACUAAGGGCAGCCUUGAUAACGGUGAUAUUAUCGCCAUUGUCGGAAUCUUUGCGUCUAUUAUCGCAACAUUGUUUAGCGUUUGGCUUCUAUAUAUGCUCCACAAAAGAUAUGGCGGGUCGAUAGGAGCACAAGAAAGGUCAGCUGAAAUCCUCGAAGACAAUGGAAAUCAGGUUCUUGAACCCUCUUCAACCUCCGGGAACUCCCUACAAGACUUAGUAGCCUCAUCUAUACAAUCGGCACAAUUUCCAGCGACAGGAACACGAAGUUCACAAUGGCAUGGCUCCAUGCUCAUAUCGGCGCCUGUCGAGAACGGAUCCUCGUCGCGCCUGCGAGAAGUUUUGGAACACCCGCUCGAGGUUGGAAUAACCAGGCCAGAACGGGCCCAUACUUGGGCUGCAGACAAAACGAAACAUUGGAACGGGUCAGAGGUCGGUACUAGUUACAGAUGUGACGGAAAUACCCCCGUAUCUUAA